GCACAACCGCUCGGCGCCGCCACUCCGUCCCCCUCCGCGGCACGGGCAGCACCUGUGCGGCAGCACCUGUGCCAGUGCCUGCCCUGCCUGCUCCUGGCCGACAGGCCGACCGGACCUCAGACCGACUGCGCGGCUCGGCCCGGCACCUUGCCCUCCAGCCCCGCGCUGCGCUCCGCGCCUCCACUUUCCCGCCAGGAGGUCAGGCGUCGCCGCUGCGCGCCCGAGGGAUAGGCAGACCCGCGUCACAGGGCCGCGCAGCCUUGCCUACCCCGCAGGCGCUACAGCGGCUGGAUCGGCGCCACAUAGCGGCUAGAGCGCGGCAACCAUGCCGGAGAACGGCGGCGCCAAGAGCGGCGUGGGCGCCAUGCAGCUGCAGGAGCCGGAGUACACCUGGGCCAGCAUGAACGCGCGCCAGAAGGCCAAGCACGUCCUGGCCAACGUCACGGUGGAGCCCAUCAUCCUCAUCUUCGCGGUGCUCAACACGCUGUCCGGGACGGCCUCGUUCUGGCUCAACAUCGGGCGCGCGUGCAGCCGGCACCUCAACGCCACCGAGAGCGCCUGCGAGAAGCUGUACUGGGGCGUGGUCGACGACGAGACGGAGGCCUACGUCGGCGAUGCGUUCACGAUCGUGUCGGAGAUUCAAGUGUGGCAGACCCCGCUCCGCAACUCCGUGCCCAUCAUCCUGGUGCUGUUCGUCGGCUCCUGGGCCGACAAGCGCCACCGCAGGAAGCCCUUCAUCAUCGCGCCCAUCGUCGGCGACCUGCUCACGGGCAUCGGGCUGCUGGUGUGCUACUUCUUCUACUCGUGGCCGCUGGAGGUGCCCAUGGUGAUCGAGGCCGUGUUCCCGGCGCUCACCGGGGCCCUGCCCAUCAUCAUCAUGUCCAUCUUCUCGUACAUCUCCGACAUCACGACCACGGAGAACAGGACCUUCCGCAUCGGGAUGGUCGCGACCAGCUUUGCCUGGGGCCUGCCCAUCGCGGUGGCCGCCUCCGGCCCGCUGUUCGAGGCCGUGGGCUUCGCCCCCUUGUACAUCCUGUGCAUCGUGCUGUACGUGCCGACCCUGUACUACGCCUACGUGCACAUCCCCGAGCCCCGCCCUCCCGUCCCCAGACCGGACAAUGUGAGUUUCCUGGUCGACUUCUUCGACUGGAAGAAUGUGUGGGAGACCGUGAAGGUGGCGCUCAAGAAGAGGAAGGGCACCCGGCAGCUACAGAUCUUCCUCGUGAUGGCGCUGUACGUCGCCGUGCAGGGUCCGGCGCACGGUGAGGCUGCCACGAUGUCGGGCUACCAGAUUUCGGCCUUCAAAUGGGGACCCACUGAUCAGAGCUUAUACGCGACAUACUUCAUCCUGGUGCUCGCAAUGGGCAACAUCAUCGCCACGACCGUGUUCAGCAAGUGGCUGAAGCUGCACGACUGCGUCAUCGGGAUGAUCGCCAUGACCGCCAAGGUGGUGGUUGCCCCGCUCUUGGCCUGGGCCACAACCGGGUGGCAGUUUUACGCCGUGACCUUGCUGGACAUUUUGAUAUCUGGAUCAGCGAUCGCCUUGCGCUCCGUUGCCUCAAAAAUGGUGGAGUUCGACGAGCUUGGGAAGCUGAUGGCCUUGUUUGCCGUGGUGGAGGCCAUCAUCCCGGUCUUCUUCGCGCCCAUCUACAGCAAAGUGUACAGCAUCACCAACCAACCGAGAAACGUCAUGGCCCCAGACACCACGACGGCCGCCCCCAUCCUGGCCAACGUCACCGCCGCGCUAACCACUUUGCCCGACGUGCUCGCCACUGCCGCCACCGUUCUGGAGGAGGGCGCCACCACCCUGGCCGUCGACACAAUGAACGCCACCGCCGCGGUCAUCGACACCGCCGCUAACGCUACGGCCGCGGCCGUCGGUGCUGCCACUAACGCUACAGCGACGGCCAUCGGCGCGGCCGCUAACGCUACAGCCACGGCCAUCGAUACCGUCGCUAACGCUACAGCUAUGGCCAUCGAUGCCAGCAACGCCACUACCACUACCAUGGCCCCCGAUGCCACCAACGCAGCAGCAGCGCACCCCAGCGCAGCCUUCCUGUUCAUCAGCUGCGCCUCCUCCCUGUGCGGCCUCAUCCUGUUUGCGGUGAUUUACACGCUGCAGAAGAAACAGACUCGCCAGGAGAAGGAGGACCAGCAGGACGCGGAGCGGGACGCCAAGAAGUCGGCCGACUUCGAGGGGGGGAUCACCAACGCCGCGUUCCAGGGCGACCACGGCCACCUCCGCUCCAGGGCGCAGAACGGCAACGGGUCGGAAAACACCUUCCUGUGAGUGAGGGACCUCCCGGACACGGCAACCGAGGAACAAGACUGCCCAACUGCGUGUCGUGAUGAUGCGAGGUAGGAGGAGAAUGAAUGAGUAAACUUAGAAACAAAGUCUGUGAUAUGAAGUUACUGUCCUCAACUGACGUUACAGCAUUAGACAUAGUCAAUGUGUACCGCUCUGCCGCUCUGUUACUAAUUAUUCGAUAUCGUGUUCAUGAAUGAAUAAUGUAACCUUGACUUGGCCGGCAGCCACGAUUGUGCCUUAUUUUCUGCCAUGGGGAUCUGUACUACCCAACUAUUGUAAUUUGUUUGUAUCCUAUGUAUGUCUUUUUUAAUCGUUUCAACACUGCUUUCAUCCUGGGACCUUUGACCUUCCGGAUGGCACGGCCAUUAUUUUUACUGCGUAUUCCGAGGAGAGGGGCGGGGCCGACCAGGGGGAAGUCAUACUAUAAACCCCCUGCUCCACGCUCCCACGUUGUUUUAUAUCUGGUUGUUUUUCUUUUCCAAGCUGCGACGAUUAUUUUUCUCUUCAAUAAAAAGCUGCCAUGCCGGUUCGUUUCUCUAUGGGACCGUUCGCGGCGUCUGCAA